CCGCCGCCGUCCCAGCCGCCGCGCAUUGUGCAGCAGGCGGCCCCUGCGCGGUAGGGCCCUGGACCCGCGCGGCUCCUGGGGAUGGUGAGCAAGGCGCUCCUGCGCCUCGUGUCUGCCGUCAACCGUAGGAGGAUGAAGCUGCUGCUGGGCAUCGCGCUGCUCGCCUACGUAGCCUCUGUUUGGGGCAACUUCGUUAAUAUGAGGUCUAUCCAGGAAAAUGGUGAACUCAAAAUCGAGAGCAAGAUUGAAGAGAUCGUUGAACCACUAAGAGAGAAAAUCAGAGAUUUGGAAAAAAGCUUCACCCAGAAAUACCCGCCAGUAAAAUUUUUAUCAGAAAAGGACCGUAAAAGAAUUUUGGUAAGUUUGCACAUCUGA